AUGUGUGGCACAGCUGCAUUGCUGCGGGUUGCCAUUGAGAAUGAAUUCCCUGCCAGCACCAGUGACCCCACCACCAGCAACAGGGGCCCCACCAACAGUAACAGGGGCCUUACCACCAGAAACAGUGACCCCACCGCCAGCACCAUUGUCCCCUCAACCAGCACCAGUGACCCCACCACCAGGAGCACCAGUGACCCCACCACCAGCAACAGGGGCCCCACCACCAGCAACAGGGGCCCCACCACCAGCAACAGGGGCCCCAUCACCAGCAACAGGGGCCCCACCACCAGCAACAGGGGCCCCACCACCAGCAAAGACCACCCCACCAGCAUUAGAGAUCCCUCCACCAGCACCAGUGACCCCACCACCAGCACCAGGGGCCCCAGCACCAGGGGCCCUAUCACCACCACCAAGGAUCCCUCCACCAGCACCAGUGAUCCCACCACCAGCAACAGGGAUUCCCCCACAAGCACCUUCCAUUCACUUCUUUACUAA